AUGGACCAUAUGGAGCAGUUUCCCUGGAAUUUUGCCAUAAGGAAGUAUGCUGGUAGGGCCCCCACCCUGAGUUCAGGACUUUCUCAUGGGACCCCUGCCCGCAGGAGCAAGAUGCAGCCUGCCCUGGCCCUCUGGAUACCCUUACUGCUGCUGUUCCUGGUGCUUCCUGGACAGCCUCAGAGCCUCAAGGAAGAGUCUACUCCCAGUUCUGUGAACUGUGACCAGAACCAGCCAGCGUAUGAGCUGGUGAAAAGGGUGCCAGGUUCUGUGGAUGAGGAUGGCCUGUGCCAUUGUGUAGUUCACCUGCCCAACAACCUCAUGCCCAUGAAUCAGCUGGAACAGCUACAGAGUAUAACCCAGGUGCUCAUGGACAAGUAUGAUCAGGAGCUAUCCAGGGAGGCCCCAACAUACAACUUGCUGCGCCUGGAGCUAGAGGUAGCACGGGAGUUGGUGACCCAGCUUAUGGCCAAGGAAGGAGGUAGUGAGACUGAGGACCUCCUCUCUCAACUCCAGAGCCAGGUGGCUAAUGCCAGCCUCACACUCAAGCUUCUGGCUGACUCUGACCAGCGCAGCCUCCGUGCUUACCGCCAGGAGGUGGAUGUUCUUGAGGGCCGGCUCAGCAAUUGUUCUUGUGCCCACGGAGGCCUCCAGAAAGUCAGCCGACCCCUUGUGGUACAACUCAAUUGGAGAGGCUACUCCCAUAUGGCAGGUGUCUGGGGUCGAGACUCAGCACCCGAUCUAGACUCUUCCCUCUACUGGGUAGCUCCUCUGGGUAAAAAUGGAAGCCUGAUCUUAUUUCAAGAGCAAACUCUUCUCCACCUGGCCCUCAAAAUCCUAGCUUCUUCUGAGGACAGUUUAAAGGAUGAACUUGACCAUACUUAUGCCAUGGACUCAAACAAAGCUGAGUUUGAAUCUCAGUACUUAGAGUACUUUGACUACUACCGGCUGUACAAGUCCUAUGAUGACCUGGUACUGAUGAAGAACUAUGUGGAGAGGACGAUGGGCUACGGUGAUGGCAGCGGUAAUACCGUGUACGAGAACUUCAUGUACUUCAAUUACUAUGGCACACGUGACAUUGCCAAGGUGAAUCUCUCCUCCAACACCCUGGUGCUACGACGCCCAUUGCCCAGUGCCACCUACAACAACCGCUUCUCCUAUGCCGGUGUGUCCUGGAAAGACAUAGAUUUUGCUGGUGAUGAGAAGGGGCUGUGGGUGCUCUAUGCCACUGAGGAGAGCAAGGGAAACUUGGUUGUGAGUCGUCUCAAUACCAGCACCUUAGCAGUGGAGAAAACCUGGCGCACCAGCCAGUACAAGCCAGCCAUGUCAGGAGCCUUCAUGGCCUGUGGAGUGCUCUAUGCCUUACGCCCACUGAGCACCCACCAAGAAGAGAUCUUCUAUGCUUUUGAUACCACCACUGGGCGGGAGCGCCGUCUCAGCAUCCCGCUGGAUAAGAUGCUGGAAACGCUACAUGGCAUCAAUUACUCCCCCUUGGAUCACAAGCUCUAUGUCUACAAUGAUGGCUACCUGAUCAAUUAUGACCUCAGCUUCCUGGUGCAGAAGCAGAAACAAUCAAAACCACCAGCUUGA